CGCCGGGAGCACCGCCCCUCGCGGCAGCCGGAACUCGGCGGCUCGGGACCUCGGCUGCUCUGGGCCCAGGCCGAACUGCGGCCAUGGCGUCGGCGGCUGUGGAGAGCUUCGUGACCAAGCAGUUGGACCUGCUGGAGCUCGAGAGGGAGGCGGAGGUCGAGGAGCGCAGGUCCUGGCAGGAAAAUGUCUCUCUGAAAGAACUCCAGAGCCGAGGCGUCUGCUUGCUGAAGCUGCAGGUAUCCAGCCAGCGGACCGGGUUGUACGGACGGUUGCUGGUCACCUUUGAGCCCCGGAGAUGCAUGUCUGCAGCUGUGCUUCCCAGUAACAGCUUUACUUCCGGUGACAUAGUGGGUCUGUAUGAGGAAGGCAGCCAGCUGGCCACUGGGAUCCUGACCCGGAUCACCCAGAAAUUGGUCACCGUGGCCUUUGACGAGUCCCAUGAUUUCCAGUUGAGUUUGGACCGAGAGCAUUCCUACAGGCUGUUAAAACUUGCCAACGACAUCACUUACAAGCGACUGAAGAAAACUCUGAUUACCCUAAAGAAGUAUCAUUCUGGCCCCGCGUCCUCGCUCACAGAGGUCCUCUUCGGUGGAUCAGACCCCAGCCCUGCCAGCGAGAUACCCCCCCUGACCUUCUACAACACCACUCUGGACGCCUCCCAGCAGGAAGCGGUCUGGUUCGCGCUGUCCCAGAAGGAACUCGCCAUCGUCCAUGGGCCUCCCGGCACCGGGAAGACCACCACCGUGGUUGAAAUCAUCCUCCAAGCUGUGAAACGGGGCUCAAAGGUUCUGUGCUGCGCCCCCUCUAACGUCGCCGUGGACAACCUGGUCGAGCAGCUGGCCCGGUGGAAGCAGAGGCUCCUGCGCCUCGGGCACCCCGCACGGCUCCUGGAGUCUGUCCAGCGGCAUUCCCUGGACGCGGUCUUGGCGCGGGGCGACGGCGCCCGGAUCGUGGCUGACAUCAGGGAGGACAUCGACCAGGUCUUGGCAAAAAGUAAAAAGACCCAGGAUAAAAGAGAGAAAAGUAAUUUUCGAAAUGAAAUCAAGCUGUUAAGGAAGGAGCUGAAGGAGAGGGAGGAAGCAGCCAUGCUGGAGAGCCUGGUGGCGGCCAACGUGGUCCUCGCGACGAACACAGGUGCCUCUCCGGACGGCCCCCUGAAGCUGCUGCCGGACGGCCACUUCGACGUGGUGGUCAUCGAUGAGUGCGCCCAGGCCCUGGAGGCCAGCUGCUGGAUCCCCCUGCUGAAGGCCAGGAAGUGCGUCCUGGCCGGGGACCACAGGCAGCUGCCCCCCACCACCAUCUCUCACAAGGCCGCGCUGGCGGGGCUGUCGCUGAGCCUGAUGGAGCGCCUGGCAGGAGGGCACGGCGCCAGCUCGGUGCGGACGCUGAGCGUGCAGUACCGCAUGCACCAGGCCAUCGCGCGCUGGGCCUCGGAGGCCCUGUACCACGGGCAGCUCACGACCCACCCUUCCGUGGCCGGGCACCUCCUGCGGGACCUGCCGGGAGUGGCCGCCACGGAGGAGACGGGUGUGGCCCUGCUGCUGGUGGACACGGCCGGCUGCGGGCUGUUUGAGCUGGAGGGCGCCGAUGAGCUGUCUAAGGGGAACCCCGGUGAGGUGCGUCUCGUCAGUCUGCACGUCCAGGCGCUGGUGGACGCCGGAGUCCAGGCUGGCGACGUCGCCGUCAUCGCGCCGUACAACCUGCAGUGCCUCUGUGCCCGUGAAGCAAAGCCUGCCCGCUUUGGUAGGAAAGACGUACCUGCUUCAAAGCAUCGUGAGGCCCGCCGGUCAGUUGCCAUCCUGGUUUGGAGGCGUCGCACGCGGGGAUGUCUGAGCCAGGCGAGAUGGUGGCACGCACGCCAGCGCUGGGCUGUGGACCUGCUGAGACAGAGCCUCACUCACAGGCACCCAGAGCUCGAGAUUAAGUCGGUCGACGGCUUCCAGGGCCGAGAGAAGGAGGCUGUGAUCCUGUCCUUCGUCAGAUCCAACAGGAAAGGUGAGGUUGGCUUCCUCGCCGAGAACCGGCGCAUCAAUGUGGCCGUCACCCGCGCCCGGCGGCACGUGGCCGUCGUCUGCGAUUCCCGCACCGUCAACAGCCACGCCUUCCUGAAGACCCUGGUGGACUACUUCACGGAACACGGGGAGGUGCGCACAGCCUUUGAGUAUCUCGACGACAUCGUUCCUGAAAACUACUCCCGUGAGGGUGCCCAGGGCCCUGGCCAGGCCGGCGCGAAGCCCCGCGGCUCUGCCGCGACGGCCAGGGGGGCUCCCGGUAGCAGGCGGCCCACGGGGGCCGUGCUGGAUCGGAAGAAGCCGGGCACGGCGCCUUUGUCCUCCAAGGCCCAGCCUCAGCCCGUCCUCAACGGAGGCGGCCGGGAGGGGGCCAGGAGCAGAGGCGGCGCAGAGCAAUUCAGGGAUGUGAUAACGGAGUUUGUGGCGAGUGAGAAGACACAGCUGGAGUUCCCUGCCUCCCUGGAUUCGCAGGACAGGAUGUGGGUCCAUCAGAUCGCGGAAGAGUACGGGCUGAGGCACGAAAGUGCCGGAGAGGGGAAGGAACGGUUCAUCACCGUGAGCAAGAGGGUCCCACUGGCCCCUGCGGCUCCAGAACCCCCGGCAGGGCCUGGCAGCAAAGCCCCUCUGUGUCCAGAGCCCCCCAGCCCAGCGCAGACAGAGCCCCCCAUCGGGGAGCAGAGCAGCCGGGGCCAGCCGGACCUGAAGGCGCUGCACCUGGACAGACUGCAGAGGGCGGGGAGCCAGCAGGAGCAGCAGGCCAGGGAGGGGCCGCGGGCCACGGGCUCUGGGCCGCGGAAGUUACCAGAAAAGAAAAAGAAGAAAGGAGCAGAAGGACCCAUGGCCAUAGAUCUGCCCUCCGGGGAGGACUUUGACGCCCUGGUCUCGGCCGCCAUCAAGGCUGACAACACCUGCGGCCUCGCCAAGUGCUCAGCCAGCAUCGUAACCCUGGGCCAGCUCUGUCUGCACUGCGGCCGCCGGUACUGCCUCAGCCACCACCUGCCCGAGAUCCACGGCUGCGGGGAGAGGGCUCGCGCCCAUGCGCGGCAGAGGAUUAGCCGGGAAGGGGUCCUCUACGCCGGCAGCGGGACCAAGGACAGGUCCCUGGACCCUGCCAAGAGGGCCCAGCUGCAGAGGCGGCUGGACAAGAAGCUGGACCAGCUGACCGGCCAGCGGAGGGCCAAGAGGAAGGAGAAGGGGAAGUGAGGCUGGGAACCCCAGCGUCUGCACCGCCUCUGUGUCUGAAACUGUGGCUGCCGGUGAGCGGGCUGCCCCCGGUGUCUUUCCGUCCCCGGCGGCAGCUCCUGGGACAGUGCUACAGGCAGAGCCACGCCGUCUCCCCGGUGACGGGCGAGGUGGCUGCGGGAGCACGGGGCGGUGAGCUGCUCUGACGUGGUGGGUCACGGCGGAGAGGCGGGGGGGGGGGCACAGCUAGGGCCAGUGGCCGCUUCUCGGGGCUGCUGUAGGGAAGGCCCUGGAGUGCUGCGUCCCCUUCCUCACUCCCGGCCCAGGCCGUUCCCCGAGAUCCCGCCCCCGGAGUCACGGGCUGCUGCUUCCGGCGUCGGGAAGCUUCUGUUCCCUCGGACACCUGCCUGGGCCUCAAACUCCAUAAAAGUGAUGUCCCCGCCAUCCAGGCCUGGCCAGCGUGAGAGAGGGCGCACAGGUGAUGUCUUGGAGCUGGCACUUCUCCUGCGUGCCCCCGUGCACGAGUCGCCCUUCGUGGGGGCUGUGACUCACCGAGGCCGUCUUCUGUUUGUCCCCUCGUGGCUGCGGUGGCCCCAACCUGACCUGACAGCUCUGGCCGUUCUGCUGCUGUGCAGGCCCUAGGUCAGGCCCGGGUGAGGUUUACGGAGGCUCCCGGGCCAGCGCCUGCCCGUCCUCGGCGCUGUUCCGGUGAUGGUCUCGGGAAAGAGCCGCCCCAGAGCGCCAGCGCUGCUGACCCCUGCAGACCCAGAGCCCCCGGAGGUGUCCUCCCGGGUCCCUCGUUGAAGAGAACCCCAGGUGGAUGUAUUCUUUUAUCCUCAGAGUUUUUUGUGUUUCAAAGGGAUAUAAGUGAUUUAAAAACUAAAUAAAAACACGUGCACGCGGCCCACAGUAUGUGUGUUG